GCGGUGCUGCGUGGGAACUGUAGUCCCGAUUUCUGCGAGUCGACCCCGAUGUUCACUUAAUCUCUUUUAUUUAGCCCCGUGCGGAUUUUUCUCUCCUUAUUUUUAAUUUAUUUAAAUUUUUAAAUUUAUUUAAUUUAAUUUAAUUUAAUUUAUUUUUAAAAUAUUCGGGUUCCGCUUUCGACCCCCUCCUUUCACGGCUUCAAGAACAAGGCAAUUCCCGGUAGAAAUCCUGCCGGGCCUCCUUUCCCAAUUGAGGUAAAGAACCGGAAGUUGGUCCGACGCUGCACUGCGGCCCUCGGCGGCACUUCCGGUCCGUUUUUUCCUCAGAAUCGGCGUUUGCCGAUCCGAAUGGCGGCGACUGGCUUCGUUUGGCCGCUGGCGCUUUGGAUGGUGGUAGUCGCAGCGGCGGCGACGACGCACUCGAAUAAGACGGAAUCCGUCGAAGCCGCGGCUCUCCCUCCUUCCCUGACGCCGAAAGAGAAAAGCCACGAGAGUGUCUCCCGGCCCGAUUCCACCGCCACAACCACGACGCCAUCCGGGUCCCCGCCGUCGGGGCUGUCGGGAUUGGGGCUGCCGGCCCUUCACCGCGCGCUCUACGUCCUGGCCGGCCUGGCGGGCAUCGGCCUCAUCUACUAUCUCGGAGGCUGCACGUUUCGGACAAGGAAACCUCCACGGAAAAAAUACGGACUUCUGUCCAACUCAGAAGAUCCCAUGGAGAUGGCUUCUCUAGAGAGUGACGAAGAUACGGUAUUUGAAAUAAGGAAUUUGAGACGGUGAUGAUGGGACUUGUGGAUUUUCCAGCUUGACUAGAGAAGAAGCAGUUUCACCAAUGGAAGAAACUUGAACCUCUGUUACUUUAAAAUAAUAAUAAUCCUGAAGUUCCUUGCGAUGUAAAAACCUGGCAGUGUGAAACUUUCUCUUCAGGCCCCUCGAACGAGAGAAUGGCCGUACAGCCAUGACAG